GGGAUAGUCUCAGGAAUCGGGAUACUCAGCUGCGAGUGGACUCUAAUGACACCCACUGGACGGGGCAGCUCCGGAGGUCCCUAACCGGAGCUUUAAACGCUAUUUCCCCGCUGAGAUGGACUAACAGGACCGGGGUCAGUGAGCUUCAAGCCCAGGCCCCCCCCCCCCUCAUGGCGUCGCGGCUGCUGGACCGUCUGAAGCGCUCGCUGUUUAAAGACGGUCAGGCGGCUGGACCAGAGCAGGAAGCAGCAUGUGGACAGGACGAAGAGGAAGAGGAGGAGUUUAAAACGGGCAGCUUGGAGGCGGAGCUGGAGGAGGAAGAGGAGUGUGUGACGGAUCGGCUCGGGGGGACGCUGUGCUUCGACAGCGGGGGAGGAGGAGGAGAAGAUGGAGGCGAGGGCGAGGGGUCGGGGCUGGACAGCGACUCCGACUUCCUGGGAGAGUCGAUGGAGGAGGGGCUCAGCAGCACAGAUACCAGUCCUGUGGCCAUGUCGCCUUCGGGGCCCUCCGCCUCGCUCCUGCUGACCCGGCAGCUUCAGGAGAGCUGGAGGUCUCUGCGAGGGCUCGGGGGAGGAAGCCCCUCCUCGGCUGGGAGGCAGCUGACCGACGACCUGCUGUUUGAGGUGACCGACGCCAGCGUGGUGCUGGAGGGCUCCGCUAAAUACGUGCUGUACACAAUCCACGUGAUCCUGUCCGGCGGCAGCGAUAAGACUCCCGCCAUCAUCACUCGCCGAUACUCCGACUUCCAGCGGCUCCACGCCACGCUACGCCGUAACCACGGAGACCAGAUGGAGCGCGUCUGUUUCCCUCGGAAGAAGCUGCGCAGGAACUUCACGGCGGAGACGAUCGCUAAGCGGAGUCGAGCGUUCGAGCAGUACCUGUCUCACCUGUGCUCCCUGUCUGCCCUGCGGGGGGCGCUGUGUGUGAGACAGUUCUUCUACCUGACCGACCUGCAGGCCGCUCAGAUGCUCAUCAGGGUGGGACGUUACCAGGAGGCCUUGGGUCCGCUGCUCAACGCCAAGAGACUGCAACACAAACUGGGAUGGGAGAGUUACUAUGACAACCAGUCUCAGUCAGCCCCGCCCCCGGCCUCCUCCCAUUGGUUCUUCACCCUGGUGGGGCUGGCGAGCUGCUUCCAGGAAGUGGAGCAGCUUGAGGAGGCGAGGGAUCACGUUGACGCCGCCCUGCGUGUCCUGACGCCCCCUGAGACUGAGGACAGGCCCCUCCCCCUCCAAAAUAAGCCCCACCCACUGACUGAAAAGCCUGGCUACAGGCCACACCCCCUCCUGUUGCCGUUGCUACAGACGGUGGUUCGGUUGUCGUGGCUGACGGGCAGAGACAAGCGGCACUGGGAGGAGCUUCUGAAGGAGGAGGAGCAGAGGGAGGGGCUCGACAACCAGCCAACCGUCAGAGAGUAUCUGGUGAAACACAUCCUGCAGGAGGGCGAGGGGGAGGGCUAGACACACACACACACACACACACACACACACAUACACAUACACACACACACACAUACACACACACACACACACACACACACACACUCCAGGGUUCCUACGGUCAUUAAAAACCUGGA